AUGGAAGGAAAUGAUAGGAUUCCAAGUAAAGUAGAAAAGAAAUUUGAUGUUGUAACUCGUUAUCGCAUAAAGGAUGGAGGCUUGAGUUUUUUCAGUGACAUAGCACUUCUACUUAUUGAUGAAGUUCACCUGCUGCAUGAUCUUCGUGGGGCAGCUUUGGAAGCAAUAGUUAGCAGAAUAAAAAUGCUUGCUCGCAAACCAGAAAUGAAAUCAAGUGCUGGGGCUUCUGUUCGGUUUUUAGCUGUGUCAGCCACUAUUCCAAAUAUGGAGGACCUUGAUAUUCUGAUGCAAUAUUCAAGAGGAAAAUCUGCUCUAGUUUUUUGCUCAACAAGAAAAGGGGCACAAGAAGCAGCACAACGCCUCUCUCAGGUAGUAAUGAACUUUGGUCAUUCAAAUCCAUUUAUUAAAAGUCAUGAACAACGGGAAAGGCUAAGGGAGGCUUCCCUGUCAUGCGGUGACAAACAGAUGCAAUCUUAUAUUCUUUAUGGAGUUGGUUAUCAUAAUGGCGGGCUUAGUCUUAAGGAUCGUAAUAUCAUUGAAGGCCUUUUUCUUAGUGCUGAUGUCCAAGUUUUAUGCACCACAAAUACUCUUGCCCAUGGAAUCAACCUACCAGCUCAUACAGUUGUAAUAAAGUCAACACAACAUUUCAACAAGGAAAAAGGCCUUUACAUGGAAUAUGACCGAUCAAUGGUACUACAGAUGUGUGGGAGGGCAUGUCGGGCACCAUUUGAUGAUACAGGGAUGGUUAUAAUCAUGACUAGACGAGAAACAGUCCAUUUAUAUGAGAAUCUCCUGAAUGGAUGUGAAAUGGUAGAAUCACAGUAUGUUCACGACUUCUAA